GAUUGGAAGACCCUAAAUCGUUAGAGCUGGUUCCUCAUUUUGUUGUGCCUCCAAUCUCAAUUGAUAACGAGUCCGUUACCUUCAUUCAAAGAUGUCGGAAGCACCAUUCAGACCACGAGAGAAGCUUUUUGAGAAGCAAAAAUAUUUCCAGGGUAUUCAUAAGUAUACUUACGUGAAAGGCCCCCUUGACAAGGUUACAUCUGUUGCAAUACCAAUUGCUCUGGCUGCAUCGUCAAUUUAUCUGAUUGGACGAGGUAUCUAUAAUAUGUCGCAUGGAAUAGGAAAGAAAGAAUGACUGGGCAAUUUCGGAUUGAGGAGUUGGGUGUAUUGCC